GGCCAGUAACGGACUGUCGGUGCUGGGCUCGGCCAUCGUGCCUGAACAGAAGCCGCGACGUCCGCUGCCCGCCUACUGUCGUUAC